AUGGAUUUUAACGAUUUGAUCUUUCCUUCUCCAAAACCAAGUUAUAAUGAGACUUUGGGUGGAUUAUAUUACAUUGAUGAACAAAUCUGUGGUUAAUCAGUCAAAAAUAUGACGAUUGGUCAGAAUUAACCCCAUCACAAGGUAACAAAAAGAAGAAGGAUAGUCACAUUAUUAUAAUUAGAGUAGAAGUUAAACAAGGGCAUUGUCGUAUUUUUUCAUGCCAACGCAGAGGAUCUUGGAAUGUGUAAAUCUUUAGCAUUUCUUCUAGGGAUAGAUUUGGAUAUGGCCUCUAUUUCUAUUGAAUAUCCAGGCUAUGGCAUUUAUAAAGGAAUUUGUAGUAGCGAUACAAUGGUAAAAGAUGGUUAUUAGGUUAUGGAACAUAUAAUGAAGGUUUUGAAGGUUUAGGAAGAGAAGAUUAUAAUUAUAGGAAGAUCUAUUGGAUGCAGCAUAGCGAUAGAGAUGAGUAUACGAUAUCGAAAGAUUAGAUCUCUUAUUCUAUUGAGUGCAUUCACGUCAAUUUGUGAUGUAAUUAAGGAGAACAGUUUCUUUUGGUUAUCUAAGUUAGUGAAGGAACGAUUUAGGAAUUUGGAGAAGAUGCAUAAAGUAGUUUGUCCAACUCUUUUCAUACAUGGAAAGGAUGACAAUUUGGUUAAUUAUUAGCACUCAAUUGAGUUGAUGAAGGAAUGUUAAGGACUUGUUCAUAUAGAAUUAUUUGAAGGGAUGAAUCAUAAUUAGUUCUCGAUUGAAUCACAUAUCAUUUCUCCUAUUAAAUAAUUUUUAAUGAAAAUAAUAUGA